AUGCUUCGAACCUCCCUUGUGAUUCUUGGUGAAAUCGCCACACUUACACCUAUCCCUGGGCUCCGUGAAGCUGCGAAGACCUUGUUAGCAGUGUGGGAGGCCGUGGAUGCGGUUGAGACCAACCGCCUGCAAUGUCUCCGCCUUACCGAGCGCUGUGCGAGGGCGAUUUACUCUGUGCGCGCUGAGAUCGCAGAUGCUGACAGGGAGAUGAAGUCUCAGCAAGGUCAACAUGGUGAUGUUGGUAUUGUGGGGCUGGCAGAGGAGAUGGAAGGCCCCGUCGGGAAGCUCAACGAGUGCAUUGAUAUGGUGUACAAGUUCCUUCUAAAGCUUAACCGUCGUCCGUUCAUCAAACGGUUCCUGCGUAGCGACGAGAUCCAACAGGAAAUUCAAGCAUGUGACAAGGCGCUUGCGGAUGCAAUGCAGAUGUUUAGUAUCUCUAUCCAAAUAAGAAUUCUCAAAGAAUGCAAACGCUUCGGAAGGGAGAGGCGUCUCGAUGCCGGGUACUAUGCACAAGGAUCUACACCUCCACCUACAUAUGCAUCUCCUCCGUCGCAGACCCUACCCAUUUCCUCAGACCGCACCCCAAGGGUCGAGAAUCCAGCACUUCCCGAACCGCAUGACAUUCUCCCAGCGACAACUGGGCUGCGCAGGAGUCCCCCAGCACACAAUUUACCAUUGCCCCCACUCCAAUCCGUGCAAUCCCAGACUAACAACACUGUCCCACCCCCCGACGCGCCCAUCUCCCCUCUCGCUGAGCUUCAAAUCCUUCACACUGUUGAAAACGCCUCCGACAGAGAACAAGACCAUGCACUGUUCCACAAUACACUCCAACGUGCCAUCAGUGCUCGCAGGGAUUAUGAGGUGUUACAGGUACUAGAAGUACGCCCAGAAGAAGUGCCCGAGGCACUAAAGGCGCUGAGGAGGGCUGAAGAAGCGCAGAGGAUGGCAAGGGAAGCUAACCAAAGGCAAGGAGGAGAAGUAAUCGAAGAAGGCCUGGAGAGAGUGUUCAUGGAGACUGGGAUUGAGGCCAUGACGAGGUUGAGUAGUGUUGCCGUACAGAAGGCAGAGGAUCAAGAUGUAGACGUUCCCUGGGAUUUACCGCCUUGGACUAUUACCCGCUACGAAGCCGACCGUCUCACCAUGAUUGGCAGUGGCUCCUUCUCCGAAGUCUACCUUGGCAACUGGUCUGGGCGGCGUGUCGCCAUCAAAGUUCUCUCUCCCUACACCCCCGCACGCCUCUUCAGGAAAGCGGUGGAGACCUGGAGUAAGCUGAAGCAUGAGAACGUGUUGAGAGUGUGGGGUGCAAGCAGUGCACAAGGCGAGCGACCGUGGUUUAUCGUGAGCGAGUAUUGUAGCGGCGGGAGUUUGGUGGGGUGGUUGAGAGAGAAAAAGGGGAAGUUUGGUGAAUCAAGCGUCGAGGGUGCAUUGACUCCUCCGAAUGCAGGUGCUGAGGGAGAUGUGGAUCUUCUCCGGUGCAUGCACCACAUUUCGAAGGGGAUGGUGUACUUGCAUGAUCAGAAUGUGUUGCAUGGAAACCUCAAAGCUUCAAAUGUGUUGGUUGAUGAUAGCGGGCUGUGCCUUAAUGUAGAUGGGACCCUGCGCUGGAAAGCACCGGAACUACUCGAUGGAAACGAGAAAUUGUCGACAGCUACAGAUGUGUAUGCAUUCUCUAUCUGCUGCAUCGAAAUUCUUGGCAUGGGCGACCUUCCAUACGGAGAUCGUGACGACGAGCUUAUUACAUUCCGUGUCCUGCACCAAAACAAGCGUUCCGAGAUUCCCUCAAUACGCAUCGCUUCACUCGUUGAACCUCUUAUCCAAGCAUGCUGGGUUCGUGACCCCGAGCAACGUCCAGUGUUUACGCACGUUGCUGCGACGCUCAACCGACUUCGUAAGUAUCAAGGGGUGGAGGAAUCCCCUAUCCCAGUGCAGGCCGAGCUACUUUCGAAGACUUGGUCAGAGCCACCCCGCCACUCGCCGAGCAUGCCUCCUGUAGAGCUACCGGAGACGUCUCCGUCUACCCUGCAGGAGGGUCAAGUCAUGCUGGACGACGACUUAGAUACAAGUACGGGAGACGAGUUUGAUACUGCGUCUGACGGUACGGGAAAACUUGUUCCUGGCGAUACGGCGUCGUGUGGAUCGCAGCCGAAACCUUUUCAUCCAAUUGGACCGCCAUGCAGCAAUCCAUCGCAUAAUUGGGAACCCACCAUGGACCCCCAUACAGGCAAUAUGGAGAUGCCCGAGGGAAAAUAUUCAGGGAUUGUUAUAUAUACACCGACUCGCAAAUUAUCUUUGGCGGAGAGCGAUUCGAUGAGUAGUGCCUCGUCGCAUGUCACAUCAAGUUCAGGAGCCGAACACGGCGCAUUGGAAGAGGCUCGACAUCGUCAUCAUCAUUCGCACCAUGUUGCCUUAGGGCACGAACCGUCUCUACCAAUGGAUGAGCAACUCGCGGAGAGGAGAAACGAGUUGCGGUUCAGGUCAUUAGCGCGGUCGAGCCAUGGGUUCCAUCAUUCCCUUACCUUACCCCUUUGGUCGCCUUCUCAUGUUGAGCUGGGCGCGGUUGGAUAUCUCUCUGCGCCAAAAGGGGAGUUUAUCACGCUCUUUAACGCCAUGAAGCCCCAGCAAACAACGGGAAGCAAAAUCACCAAUAUUCCUUCGCUGGCCGGGUACUUCGAUGGACCUAUUCGCCCUGGACAGAAGUUCAAUACAAACCGCACAAUGACGCAGAGGGGGCUUGAGCUCAUUUCCGGGUUGUUGACCCUGAUAGAUCGUGAUAAGUCAUAUUCGGAACACAUUUCGAGGCGCCAUUCGUUCCGCCUUCAAGCGGGUCAUAAGGCAGCGUUCAUCUAUGCAGAGACCACGAUGUACCGAUUCAUGGAAGACCUCGCAGCACCGAGAGAAUGGUUCAAGGCUAAUGUCAACGCCAUUGUCAUGGAGUAUGCUCCUCAUCAUCCCAUUCAGAAAGAAGACAUUAUCGUGGUUUUCGGUACUUUGAGUGCAUCAGAAUAUGCGCUCUUCGUGAGCCACUCUCAUCCGAAUGGCCAAGCCCAUUUUAACGUCUUUUCGGAUCGUGAGAGUGGUCGACCAUGGGGCACCUUCACCACAGAUACCGAGUACCCUUCCGAUGAGGGCGGCCCCUCAUACAUCGAAGAGAUACCCCGAAAGGCGGUGUUCGCGAGCAAAGUGUCACCGGUGCGGAUGAAUGCUAAGUCCGAUGACAAGGAUUGGGACACGCUGGUGUUAGCCAGGCUCCGCUUCCCGACGGAUGCAACGGAGCCUACUUGGGAGUAA